GACGUGGAUUAUCAUCGACACUUGGCUCAGCAUAAGAACUCUCGACCAAGAUCGACAUUAAACGCGGAGAUCUUGUGCCGGAACAUAUCGCCCAGACUGUCACUUGAAGGGGCAGGUCUUGUGCUCAACGCCUACGGCUACUUUCGUCUCCGCUUAUCAGAACUGAUCCAUCAGCUGGCGGGAAAAGUUUAAAUGGCUGCGUUUCCAGCUUCCAGUUAAGAAGAAACAUAAAUCUCUCGCAAGACAAUCCACCCUCCCCCUCCUCCUCCUUCUCAUUUUCUUCUUCUUCCUGCCCUACUCCUUCUCCUCCUCCUCCACUUCUUCUUCUUCUUCCCCUUAUCUUCCUCUUCGUUUUCUCCCCCCUCUUCCUCCUCCCUACGCUGGAAUUUUAAGAGAAAAUAGUGAUGUUUCCAGGAUUUUUGUGAAGGAGGAACAUAAAUUUCAUCGCGUCAGAGGAAGAUUGUGGAUGUUAGGCUGCAGCAAAGAAGCAAACAUAUUUAACAUCUUUCUAUAUAACUCUGCUGUGUGUGGUGACAGAUAUUACCAAAGUGAUUUUAUACAAGAAACAAAUAUACCCAGUUUAAUGAGGCCGAACAUGGAAAUAUAAAUGUUGUGUUUUUUGCCUCGUUGUUUUCUGGAAAUGUUAUAUUUACUGAAAUCAAAAGAGAAGAUUUAUUUCAUAUCAGACAUUUUAGACGCUGGCAAUGUGAAGGAGGUUGAUGCCAAACAGCUGCAAGGGGGGCAUGACUUCUCUCCUUAGUGACAGAACUAAAUAAUUGGGUAUUCCAUAUCUUACCUUACGUCUCUAAAGAAGUGAUUUCUCUUAUGGUCAUGACGUCAGUGGAAUACUUGGAAUCACUGGAAUGGGAACAAUAACAAUAAAUUAACGUAACGAGCUCUCGAUCGAUCACUGAAGUACCAAAGAGACUUGGAGUACGAGUCCCAGAUGUUGAGACCUCAUACUGAGGCCACGACUUGGUGAAAUGAGGUUUCGACCUGAUGACAUGAAACUUCAGUCUGGUGAAACGACAACACGAUUACGACGACCUGGGAACAUGUACCUGCCACCACCUGGUUACCUGUCAUUACGCCAUGGUGACCUGUCAAGGAGAAUGAAACUCGUGGUGGUGGUAGUGAUGGUGGUGGUGGCUGGUGGUGGUGGGGUCACGGCGCUCAACACAGGUCAGUGUGACGCCGCCCUGGGGAUGCAGUCUGGUGCCAUCCCUGACGAGCACAUCUCCGCCUCCUCCUACUUCGACGCCGCCGUCAACGCCAUCUAUGGAAGGGCGCGGCUGGCUGGGAGGAGGCGCCUGCCCCAGGGAGAUGGUCUACCAGCACACAGUUCCUGGAGGUCAACCUCGGCGGCCUCCACGUGGUCCCAAGGUGGAGGUCCAGGAAGAUGUGGCGGCCCGGCAUGA